AUGUCGAACUAUAUUGGCGUAGACGUGGGCACUGGGUCUGCAAGAGCCUGUAUAACAAACAAAAACGGUGAAAUCCUGGCAGUAGAGGUUAAAGAUAUAUCAAAACAGGAACUGCAGCUAGGUUUUAUUACUCAAUCUUCUAAUGAAAUUUGGGAUGCAAUAUUGGACAUAAUUAAACGAGUUAUUGAUAUAUCAAAUGUAGAUCCGUCAUCGAUUGAUGGUAUUGCAUUUGAUGCCACUUGUUCUUUGGUGGUUUUUGAUAAGAAUAGCCUGGAACCAAUUGCAGUUGGGCCGAAUUUCGAUGAUAGUAAUCAGAAUAUUAUAUUAUGGAUGGACCAUCGUGCAGCAAGUGAAACAGACCUGAUAAACUCAACUAAUGAUAAAAGAUUAAAAUAUGUGGGUGGUAAAAUGUCUGUGGAAUUCGAAUUGCCAAAGAUAAAAUGGUUGAAGGAUCACUUAUCUCCAGAGACUUUUCACCGGUGCGUAUUUUUAGAUUUAGCAGAUUUUUUAACAUACAAAGCCACAGGUAAAAUUGUACAUUCAUUUUCCUCAGCGGUCUGUAAACAAGGAUUGCUUCCUACUGGAGUUGAAGGAUCGAAAUUAGGCUGGUCGAAAGAGUUCUUGGAGAAGAUAGGCUUGGAGGAAUUGUCGACUAACAAUUUUGAAAAGCUUGGGGGUUCUAUCAACCUAAAGGAAGGAAACUUUUUAAUACCUGGAGACUUAGUUGGCCAUGUGGAUAAGAAAUUUGCUGGAUUAGCUAACUUACCAAACCAUUGCGUUGUUGGGACAGGUGUUAUUGAUGCAUAUUCCGGAUGGGUAGGAACUGUUGCAAGUGAUGUUUCUGAUCGGGUCUGCUCUGACUCGCCUCAAGAGCUGAACAAAAUAGAAGGCAGUUUGGGGAGAAUUGCUGUCGUCUCUGGAACUUCUACAUGUCAUAUUGUUCUUUCAAAGCAGCCAUUGUUCAUUUCUGGGGUUUGGGGACCAUACCGAGACGUUUUGGCAGAGAAUAUGUGGGCUACUGAAGGUGGCCAGAGUUUUACUGGAGCGCUUUUGGAUAAUAUUAUAGAAACCCAUCCUGCAUACCAAGAAUUAGAACGAAUUACAUCGAGGCAAAACAAAAAUAUCUUUGUAUAUUUGGAUGAGAAAUUAGAAGAAUUGAGAGUCAACAGAAAACUUGAUUCGGUGUUUUAUUUAACAAAAAAUAUGUUCAUAUACGGUGAUUAUUAUGGAAACAGAUCACCGUUAGCUGACCCGUUAAUGAGCGGCAUGAUAAUUGGCCAAACUAUGGAUAGUUCAAUAAACGAUCUUGCCAUUAAAUACCUGGCAGCAUGCGAAUUCAUAGCUCUGCAGACAAGGCAUAUUAUAGAUACGCUUGUUACCCAUGGCCAUGGGAUCACUGCAAUAUAUAUGUCAGGUGGUCAUUGCAAGAAUAAACUACUUAUGGAAUUAAUUUCGAAUUGUUGUGUGUUGCCUCUUGUCUUAUCAAAAUAUAUCGAUUCAUCGGUAGUCUUUGGAGCUGCAAUCUUGGGUUCUGUUGCUGCAAAAAUCAAUUCAAUGAAAGAGAAUAAAUUGGAAUACUCCUUGAACGACGUACUGUGGUCACAAAUGAAGCUGAUGACACCGAAGGGUACUUUAAUGAUGCCUAAAAGCGAAAAGUCAGUGUUGCGUAAGUAUUUACAAGCAAAGUAUGAGGUGUAUCUUGAUAUGAUAGAUACAAAUAUAAAAUAUAGAAAGAAGAUGGAAGAGGUAUACAAGUAA